CCGAUCCCCGCAGGGCUGCUCCUCGGGUAUUGUGUGGUCCGGCACUCGAGCGCUCCACAACACACCUCCACCCCACUCCAAGAGUUGGCCAAACUGCAGAGAACCGGGGGAAAACAAAACAACCUCCCCGGUGCCGUGAAAUGAGCCCGAGUGCGGCUCCCCAGCGACUGGCUCUGCCUGGGUUUGCAGGGAGUUUCCUUUGGGCUGGAGAGGAGCCGCCGCUGUAAUCUCGGCCGGGAGCAGGAGCUGAAACUGACCGAGCGCCCGAGCAAUGGAGGAGUCCUCGUCCCCGGGCAGCCGGCGCCUCGCCUGCCCCUCUUGCCCGCUGCUUUUCCGCACUUUGGAGGAAAUGCAUUUCCAUUGCAAACUCUUUCACCAGCUUCACCCAAAUGGUAGUCCGGAGCGAGAAACUGUACUCGAGCAUCCAGCAGAACUACCUCCAAUCAUCGUGCCUGAAGAAUUAGUUUCCAGUUCCCAUACAUUCAAGAACAAGACUUUCAAGAAACCAAAAACCUGCAGCAUCUGCAAACAACUCAUCAACAGCAAUCAAGGCCUUUCAUGCAGGGUUUGCAAGUACGCAUGUCACAAGAAAUGUGAGUCAAAGGUAGUUACACCAUGUUUGCCACCAGUCAACUAUGAGCUGCCUGAUAACUCUGAUGCAUUUGUAAGUCAUGUAAACAGUCCGAUGUCAAAUAAUUUUCUGAAGAACUCGUCUUUCAGUCACAACUCAUCUCAGAGUGUGGAAUCGGGUCACAUUAUGGAGGAGGGCUAUGAGCUUGACCUGACUUACAUUACGGAGCGCAUCAUUGCAGUUUCUUUUCCUGCUGGCUGUUCAGAAGAAACCUACUUUCAUAAUCUGCAAGAUGUAACACGGAUGCUGAAAUCCAAACAUGGAGAUAAUUAUUUGGUUUUUAAUCUUUCUGAAAGGAGGUAUGAUCUCUCCAAAUUGAACUCCAAGGUGAUGGACGUGGGUUGGCCCGACCUCCAUGCACCACCUCUGGAUAAGAUGUGUACUAUAUGCAAAGCAAUGGAGACAUGGCUAAACAAUGACCCACUUCAUGUGGUGGUUAUUCAUUGCAGGGGAGGUAAAGGAAGAAUAGGAGUGGUUAUUUCAUCGUAUAUGCACUUCACCAAUAUUUCUGCAAGUGCUGAUCAAGCUCUUGACAGGUUUGCAAUGAAGAAAUUCUAUGAUGAUAAAGUUUCUGCCUUAAUGCAGCCAUCACAGAAACGGUAUGUCCAUUUUUUAAAUGGUCUGCUGUCUGGUUCAGUGAAAAUGAACACCACUCCAUUGUUCCUGCACUUUGUCAUUUUGCAUGGCAUUCCCAGUUUUGAUACCGGCGGAGUUUGCCGCCCAUUUUUAAAGAUUUACCAAGCAAUGCAACCAGUCUACACUUCAGGAAUCUACAAUGUUGGGGCUGAAAAUCAGAGCAGAAUAUGCAUUUCGAUAGAGCCAGCGCAGCUUCUUAAAGGUGAUAUAAUGGUUAAGUGCUACCACAAGAAGUACCGUUCAGCAACAAGAGAUGUCAUAUUCCGGCUUCAGUUUCACACCGGCUCCAUUCAGGGUUUUGGGUUUGUGUUUGGGAAGGAGGACCUUGACAAUGCCAACAAAGAUGACAGGUUUCCUGAAUAUGGGAAGAUUGAGUUGGUGUUCUCAGCCAGUCCAGAGAAAAUACAGGGUUCUGAGCAUCUCCAGAAUGAUCAUGGAGUAAUUGUGGAUUAUAACACUGCUGACCCAUUGAUCCGGUGGGAUUCCUAUGAAACACUCACUGCUGAUGGGGAAGUGUCACACACCCAAGGCCCAAUUGAUGGAAGCCUGUAUGCCAAGGUGCGAAAGAAAAGUUCCUCUGAGGGCAAUAUUCCUAUUGGUGGUGCUCCUGUAACCACAGGACCUGAACAGAUUGAACAUACAUUGUCAGUCAGCAGUGACUCUGGAAACUCCACAGCCUCCAUAAGAACAGACCGAACAGAGGAACACUUGCCGCCAAAUGUUAAACGAGGGCUAAGCCUGCAAGAGAAAGCUGAGCUGGACAGGCUUUUAAGUGGGUUUGGACUGGAGAAUUCGGUACAGUUGAAGGAUAUGACUGAAACAAGAGUGAAAUACAGUGGAGUACGUCACAUUGUACCAGCUCAGGUUCAUGUGAAUGGCGAACUGAAAGCAAAGGACAGAGAGACUGACAUUUUGGAUGAUGAAAUGCCAAAUCACGAUCUGCAUAGUGUGGACAGCAUAGGCACUCUUUCCUCCUCAGAAGGCCAACCAUCAAACAAUCUGGGAAACUUCAGUUUUCACAAGAGCAGUCAGAACUCUCUGCUAUCAGAUGGAUUUGGAAGCAACACUGGAGAUGAUCUGCAUAAUGCUGUUGUACCAGACCUUGGUAUUGGAACAGAAACAGGGUAUGACAGAACAUUUGCUGGAGUUCCCGAGGGAAAAAAUGUCUUCCAGCGACCCAGAAACCCAUCAUUGCCAACACAACCACAAGUUUAUAAUCAGAGUAAUUAUUCAACUCAGACCUGGGUACGGCAACAGCAGAUGGUUGCUGCUCAACAGUAUGCCUAUCCAGCAGAAAAUGAUUUGAGGUUUGCAAUGCUGGGCACUGGAGAAGAUCCAAGCAGAACGCAAACACCAUCCAAGCUUCCGGAUACUCCAACACGAGGGUCAAGCAGUAGGGAUGCUGUGCAGAGGGGGCUUAGUACCUUGUCAGGGGACAGUAAGAUACAAGGCCACCAAAGCUCUGAUGUCUUGUUUGAGCAUGAGAAGCAAGCUCGCAAACCAUCUGAGGCUGAUCAGGUUGCUGACAGUACAAGGUUGGGAUCUGAGGAACAGGAUUUGUCAUCUUCCCCAACAUUGGAUAUUGAUCAGUCAAUUGAACAACUUAAUAAACUGAUAAUGGAUCUAGAUCCCACAUUUGUGCCAAUUCCUACACGUGUUAACUCUGUAAAUAAAGGCUCUCUUAGCAAGAAGGAGAUCAUCCUGCAAGGAAACAACGGUGUGAAUUCAGGAUCAGAGGAACAAACCCAAAGGGUUUCUGGAAGUGACAGCCAACAAGGUCAACAAACAGACGAAAAUCACCUAACAUUAGGAAGGACAAGGCAACUGAGUGUAGGACAAUAUGAACGAGGAGAACCUCAUCUGUUGUAUGACCAGAGUGGAUGGAUGAAAUCCUCUGACCCUUCCCACUCCAAUGGAGCAUUCACCACAACAGGCCAGUCUGGAGAGCUAAACAAACCAGGAUGUAAUGUUGGACAGGAUGAGGUGGAUGGCAGACGGUUAAUCUCUUCCUCUGUAAAUGAAAUGCCACCUCCAACACCAGCAUUCCCAGUCUCACCCCCAACUCCAUACGUCAAAAUCUCUCAGAAUUAUUCUGAAGUUCCUGUGUGUGGAGUCGGAGAACAGAACAGCAGCCCUUCUGAUGUCUACAGAAUUGUUCAUGAACCCCGAAGUUACAUGGAAGGCAUUCAUCAUUCCGUAGUGGGCUCAGAUAACACUGCAGUGGUGAGCAGCAUUCUGUACCACACUGACUCUCCAGCAACUAAUACAUCUUUCCAGCGACCUUUUGGCUCGGUGUGCUCAGUCCCCACCAACAGCCAAGUGCCCAGGACAGACAGCCCACGUACUCGGUUGGAGAGUGCCCAGAAAGGAGUGUUUUCUCCUCAAUCAUCUGUAACUGGGAUUAGUAAGGCAACAGGUAGUUACCUUGGUUCCUCAGUGUUUUCUGGUAACUCCGGAAGUCCACUACAGGAGACCUCCGCCUCAUCACGUUUUCCUUCUCCGGGAUCACAAGUUGUCUCUCCUAACAACCACUCGUUCCGUGUGAAUGUUUCUGAGAGUCUCACUGCAAACCUGCAUCAAGGCAAUGCUGGAGCAACUUCCACAAUGCAUUCUUUGCCUGCUGAUUCUAGUAACCUGAACUAUGGUGUCAAUGGUGGACCCCACAAUGAUGGAAAGAAAGACAUUUUACAGAAUCAUCCUGCAGGAUCAAGCAACGCCGCUUUGAACAUGAACUCCCCUGCGACUACUCUCCUAGGUACUAGUGGUCUGCAAGAGGGAAUACACACAGCAGUAAAUGGGCAGGCACAAAAUAGUGCACCACUGAUGCAUGAUGUUUUGGGUCUGACUGCCCAUCCCCCCUUGCCAGAAAAGAAAAGGAUUUCUGAGGGAGAUCAUUCAUUUAUGUCCAUCUCACCAGCUUCAAGUGGCUUUUCAAGUCCCCACAGUGGAAGUACAAUAAGCAUUCCCUUUCCCAGCAUCCUUCCUGACUUUUCCAAAGUUAUAAGUACCUCUGCUGUACAAGUUACAGAUUCAAGUUCAUCAACUGAUAAACAUGUCACUGUAAAAUUUGUACAAGAUACAUCCAAAUUUUGGUACAAGCCAGAGAUAUCACGUGAACAAGCCAUUACAUUACUGAAAGAUAAAGAGCCAGGAUCGUUUAUUGUCCGGGACAGCCACUCUUUUCGGGGUGCCUAUGGUUUGGCAAUGAAAGUCGCUACACCUCCAGCUUCUGUGCUUCAGCAAAGCAAGAAAGUAGCAGGAGACUUAUCGAAUGAGCUGGUCAGACAUUUCCUGAUUGAAUGCACCCAGAAAGGAGUGCGAUUAAAGGGAUGUCCCAAUGAACCAUACUUUGGGAGUCUGACUGCAUUGGUUUAUCAACAUUCCAUCACCCCACUGGCAUUGCCUUGCAAGUUGCUCAUCCCUGAUAGAGAUCCUUUGGAAGAUGGAAUUGAUGCAUCGCCGCAGGCUGCUACAAACUCUGCUGCAGAAUUGCUAAAACAAGGAGCAGCAUGUAAUGUGUGGUACUUAAAUUCUGUGGACAUGGAGUCUCUGACGGGGCAUCAAGCAAUCCAGAAAGCAACAUCAGAAACACUGAUGCAGGCUCCAUCUCCAGCUUCCACCGUCGUACAUUUUAAAGUAUCUGCUCAAGGCAUUACUCUGACUGACAAUCAAAGAAAGCUGUUCUUCAGAAGGCACUAUGCUGUCAACACAGUGAUUUUCUGUGCUUUGGAUCCACAAGAUAGAAAGUGGAAAAAAGAUGUUGGCUCGGCAAAAAUUUUUGGAUUUGUGGCAAGGAAGCAAGGAAGUGCCACAGAUAAUGUCUGCCACCUGUUUGCUGAGCAUGACCCGGAGCAGCCUGCCAGUGCCAUUGUGAACUUUGUAUCAAAAGUCAUGAUAGGAUCUCAGAAGAAGUAAUCAAGUUCUGAUCCUACAGAAACCCACCACGAGGAGAGUAAAUGUUUUAAAUACAAGACUAUUUGAGAAAAAAAAAUACCCCAAGGUAAUAAUAAAUUUGGAUCAAUAGUUGUUCAGAGGGUUUGUACAUGUUGAAUGAUGGUAAGAGCAGGUUUGAUUUAUUUUAGAGGGGAGCAGAGACAGGAACUUUAGAGAAUAACUGGUCUUGGUCCAAACUGUCAGAAAAGAUUGUAUGGCUUCUGUGAUUAUUGGUUAUCAUUUGGUCUUAUUUGUUAAGGUGAAGGGUCAGUGCUUUUUUUUGUACUGCUUUGAGCAGGACAAGCUGAACAGUUUAAAAAAAACAUCAAAAAGAUAAUUUAUAUUUAUUUGACACCAUAUCCUGAAUAGCUUGCGGCUAAUAUGAUUGUACAUGAUGCACAUGUUUAAGCAAACAUAUGCAGUCACAGUUUGAGUGUCAAUUUUGUGUUCCUCUGUAUCCUCAGUGGUGCAAACCAUUCUAUUAUGUGUGCAACACCCAUGUAUCAUUCCAGAAUCACUGGCAUUUUAGUAUAAGUAGGAUAGAUAUUAAGGUUUAUGUCAAUCUAUUUUAUAUCAUUGCAAUUUUUGUUACAAUAAAUGAAAUCUAUAAGUAUACAGUUGGGUAUGAAAUUCUUGCCAAAGACGUACCAUUUAACCAGCACUUUGAACUGCGGUGUUAACGUGAGUUCAGUGAUUGAAUUCCACCCUUUCCCUCCUAUUAAGUUACUGUAUCCACCUGUGUGUUGCUUCCAGUGUUAACUAAUUGUGAAAAUGCCAAAAUGCAAGUUUAAAGUUUUUACUUUGACCAAUUAUCUGUAUUACCAAAAUCGUUUGUCAUUUUUGUCUGCUUUGGCUAGUCUGUAUGUUGUAGUAUUCUUAAAAGCAUCCUGUAAAAAAUCUUGUAUCCAUUAUGUAAAUGAAUUAUGUUCUAUAAUUCUUUGUAUAGUCCUUUUCCAUUCUUUGAAACACAAUCUGUUAAAAUUAUAAUAAAUACAAUAAAUUUUA